AUAUUAUACCUGCAAUUCAUAAGAUAUUGCAGUUAUUCCUGAUUUCUCAGGCAUAAAUGGCAUUAAUUCAUCAAUUAGUAUACGCAUUGUAUUCUUCGUCAGUCUAAAACAUAUAAAAAGCAUGCUCUGCAAUAAACCUUUACUACUAUUAAAAGUUUUAAAGAUAAAAUUUUACCUGUAUACUUUAUGGAAUUCGUUAUCGGGAACCGAGAAAGGAUCUGAGACAUCUCUAAGUGUCCUUCGUGUUACUCUCAUAACUUGGUAAUCAUUCUCCUCUUCGCUAUCGUCACCAAAUAAAAAAAUUGCUGCCAUGUACAUUGUCAUUUUAAACAACGCGAUCCCGACACGUACGAUGCUCCACAUUUUUUUUCUUGUUCUAUCUUUCAGUUUUCUCUCUCGGAUCUCACCAUGCGACAAGAAAUUUCUUGCCGAACAAACUUCCGUGAGAUGGCUCGCAUUUACACUAUGAUGAAAGUUACAGAAUUGACCCCGAGGUGUCGGUAUCGUUAUACUGUUGCUAUGGAGAUAUGUUAUAUGGUAAAAAAACUGCGCAACGACAGUAUAACGAUACCGACACCUCUUAACAAGUUACAGAAUCGCACUACAGACAGGUGCUGGUAAAAGCAUCUGAACUGGCAUCGUUGUCUCUAAGACAGAUUGGCAUAACGUCACAGUAUAGGAAAAGUACACGGUCGGUCUCGCGCUGCGCGUUCACUUGGCGCGAGCCACUACCGUGUCUCUUGAUACUGUGACAGCGCUAUCACGCGCUGCGAACAUGCCUUAAGUCAGAUAAUCUUACCACUACUAUGGAGAUCUAGUAAAUUCAUUUGCACUUGACUACAAAUUAAUAAUAAACUAAAUUGUUUUUUCUUUUAGACUUAAAGCUUUCACAGCCAUUGACGUUGCUUCCAAUAGAAAGGGCUUCCGGAUACAUGCUGCGUCGUCCUGGUACAGCGUUGCGCUAACAUUUCGCAAACGUUGCAGUUUGCAUCAUCAGGGGUAGGAGCGCCGAUACUAAGCUCUCUUGGAUUGUAAUAGUCCUUAUAUACCCCUUGUCCUGGUGGUAGGGAUAGGAGUGAGGGGAGGGGACAGAGUUAUUUGUCCAAUAGUAGCACAGUUCAUUGGCCUACUAUUGAUCAACUGUUGGCCAAUCUUAAUAAAAUAUUGGCUUACUAUUUGCCAAUUAAUACGUACUGUUCCGAAAUGUUUUUAAUUGAUCAAUUAAAAAACCGGGAGGACAGUGUGCCAAAUCGAGCUUAUCUGAUAACCUUUAUCACGGUUAACUUUUAUCACUUUAUCGGGAUGUUUCAAAAUUUCUAGACUUUCACAAUGUUUUCUGGCAAAGUAAUCUUGAGAAGGAGUUAGCAUUGUAGCUUUUUCGUAUUGCACGGAGUGUCCAGUCUCCAUCCAGUGCUCAGCUAAGGCUGAUUGAGAAAAGUGACCGUAUUUGUUCACCGUUGAUCCCAGCAAACAUGAUGACGUGUUAAAGACGUAGAAAAUACGUAUUUUUGUGAACAAUGACGUCGAAUGACCUAAGAUAUACGUCUUUAUUACGUGAUUUUAAAUACGUCUUAAUAACGUCUUAAACUAGUCACGUCUAUUUGUCGUUUUAUACAUGUCAUUUGUGACGUAAUUUAUACAAUGGUAUUUUAAUGUAAUAUAUUUGUAAUUAAUAGACGUUUGAUAUCAAGAGACAUCUCUUUUUUAUAUAUAUUAUCAGUUAUGUAUUUAUUUUUUCAUACAUUAAAACCGUCAACACUCCGUGCGCACGCGCUUUAGAAAACCAGCACAAUUUUACGACGCGCGACGCGCAAUAUCCAAUGAGAAUUGUUUAUUCGAAGAACAGAGCUCGAAUUGGAUAUCGCGCAUCGCGCAUUGCAAAAUCGCGCUAGUCGGAGUCUUUUAUAGGUUAUAAUAAUUAUUAAUCAUACAGGGCAGUGUGUAUUUUGUGUGAUUGAAAAAGUUAAAGUAAGUAAUUUUUACUGUAUUAUGUGUACUUAUAUGCCCCAAAAGACAUUAAUACGUUUUUUGUACUGCAUUAAAAGCAUGGCUUUUAUCGGCGUAGAGUUUGCAAGCAAAGAUUUGGCAAAUGAUAAGACCGAAGUAGGGAUUGUAAGCGUUCGCUGGUUUACUCCUGAAAAAAAAAAAGUUUAUUGGCCACCUGUAAAAUCACAAGACAGGUAUGAAAAACUUUUGAAACAAGGAGCGAUGCCAACUAAUGAAUGGUCAUUAUGUCAAAUAACAAAAAGUUAUUUUGAGACUGAUGAUUUUAAAAAAGCUCAAAAGAAAUUAAAACUGUGUCAGUAUUUAUCAGAUGUAGCGUCAGAACCAGAACAAUCAAUUUCAAAUGUUACUAGUAAAAGACAGCGAAAUAAGCCAUUAAAGUAUAUAACCAGCGACUCAUCGGAUGAAGAAAAUAUACCAGUAUUAUCUAAACUGAAAGCUCCUCCUAAACUAGAUAAAAGUUUUCCAAUUUGUGUUGAAGGUCCAUCCAUUAUAGAAGAUAAAGUACUAAAUGCGAGUACAGCAAAAACAGAUGAUAUACUUGUAACAACGAAUCAUCUUGUACAACCAACUCGUAAACAUACAUUGACAGAAAAAAAUUUUCUGUCUACUACGAAUACUGAAAAUGUGGAAUCACAAAUAGACAACAGAACUCUACGUGAUAUUUAUGCGACGCUUGCAUUUCUAAAACGACAGAAUGCAGAUAUCUACAAUCAAAAUGAUCAAAUAUUGCAAAUUAUAAAGGAGACUAACAACUCUAUUGUAACAACAUCUAAAUCAAAUGAAAAAUUACAAUUGCCUUGUACUCUACCAAUGACAACAUUAGAAGAUAUUAUAAAAUUGGAAGAAUAUCUUGAAAAAGAAGAAAAUAUUUUAAAUCUGGGAUCUUAUUUGUCAACAAUUGGAGGCCGUGGAGAUAUAACAUCGAUAACGAACAAAAUACUUCGUCGUCUUCUUUCGGAUACAAUAGCAUCAUCUUACCGCUUCUUCGGAAAGCGAAACAAUAAAAAGUCUUUUGCAAAUUUGAAGCUUAAUAAUGUAGUGAUAACGUCUGUUCAAAAAGCUCUACCCAAUACUACACAACACGAAGUAGAAGACAGCAUAAAAGUAUGGCUAAAACAUGCUCCGCAACGCUUUUCUAUUAAAGCAAAUAAGAGCAAGUAAAAGUUUUUUUAUACAUUACAAAGUAAUAACUAUUUAUUCGUAACUGUAGAGAAAACUGCCACUAAUUUUACCAAAGACAAUUAGUAUUAAGUUUUAUUAACUAUUAUUUUAUUAUUACGCAUUUUUUUUUCUUUUGUAAUAAAAUACAAAUUGCAAUAAUAUGGCUGCUAUAAAAAAAAGAAAAAUGAAACUGUUUGUAGGAAAACGUCAAUUUUAUCGUAGAGUUACUAAAGAUAUUGUAGACUCAAGGCAUUCAAUAUUUACUUUUUUAAACAAAGAAAGAUGUCAUAAUAUCGAAUUAUCAAAUUCACCUGUAAACAUAUUAUCGAAUGAAGACAAUUCUUGUUUUGAAAACAAUAUUGAUUUGGAAGUUUCAAAUGAAAUAUUAAUUUCUAACAACCAAACUAUAAAUGAAAAUUCUAUGAUAAAUAUUAAAUCUACUAAAAUACUUUCUGAAAACAUUUGUAGUGAAACAAAUACAACUAAAAAAUUAACAUUUUAUAACGAGACAAAAA